AUGUCGACUCACCAUGUCGAAGUGGCCGCUCUCACGUCUCUGACAUCAAAGCUUUCGUUUCUGGGCUUACCUAGCGAGCUACGCAAUAAAGUCUACAAAGAGGCGCUUACUGCAGACUCGAAGCUUCUUUAUUGGCUGCAAACUUGGGAAGACGACAAUCCUCGACAAAUCCUUACGCUACUUAGAGUAGAUUACUCUUUAGGGUGUAACAACGAACCCUUCAAUCAGCUGAAGUACGUCAAUCGUCAACUGUACCGCGAAACAGCGGGACUGGAGCUGAAGUUCAAUACUCUCAGCUUCUACCAUUACAAGUCCUCAACCGCCGCACUCUUUACUUUCGCGGCCACCAUCACUCCUUCCAAGCUGGCUUGGCUUACCUUAGUUGUGGUUCGGGCGGCCGGUAACUGUGUUUCCAUGCGAGGCCCCGCACCUGAAAGUCCGGAUAUCUCAAUGAUUGUGUAUUUCUGUAAGCAGAAUCCUAGAGUACAGCUCCGUUACAUCUUUCCACGGUUCAAAUACCCGAAUGGAUUAGCCCCCCUGGAAUUCAUGGGCACAGGAGUGGCUCUAUGCGUCGCACUGAAGGGCGAUGAUACGCUUCAUGACGUCACACCACCAGAUUUUGCUUGGCCAGACGACCUUAUUCGGAUGGCUAAGAAGUGGCGGGCGAAUGGGGGCUUUGGGGAGCUGUUCAAGGGUGUAACUAACUUCACGGUGUUCCCGCAUUACUCGCACUUGGAUCAAUCCUUCGUUGCCGAUUGCUUAUCCCCUGGAGGCUUCAUAGAGGAGUUUAAGAACUUUUGUAUCAAGUGGGCUCAGAGUUGGAUUGAUCACGGCAUUACCCCUGCCAACUAA